ACGGGCGGGCCAUGGCCGGGGCCUGGGCUGGCUUCUCCGAGCAGGAGCUCCGGCGGCUCCAGGGACAGCGCCGAGAUCCGCCUCUUGCACCGCAGCAUCGGACGGCUCCUGUAAGCAAACACCGCCAACAUCUGCAGCGCAAAAAGCCAGUUCAGCAGAUAUGUGGAGAAGCAGACCUUCCCGAUGGAGCAGCCUUGUCGUUACCCCUGGAGCAGAGGCUUUCUGCGCCCAAACCGAAGAGCUCGUCUCCCCAGACGCCUCUCCCACCGCCCCAGUCUCCGACAGUGGGAGAGCAGCAAGAUGCCAAAAAGCAACAGGUUCAACCUGGAGUCGAUAAAACGUGUAACGGUGACCCCUCUACAGUGCCAAGUCAUAAACCGGAGAAAAAGAAAAUGGAAUUGCCAGAGAAGUCUCGGUGGGAGAUCCUACAGCAGGAGCAGAAGCUUAUGGAAGAAAAGAACAAGCGCAAGAAAGCUCUCCUGGCUAAAGCGAUAGCGGAAAGAUCCAAAAGAACUCAGGCUGAAACGGUGAAGUUGAAGCGGAUUCAAACCCAGCUCCAAGCUCUGGAUGACAUGGUGUCUGCUGAUAUUGGGAUCCUGAGAAACAGGAUUGACCAGGCAAGCCUGGAGUAUUCAUGCGCUCGGAAGCGUUACGACAAGGCAGAAGCCGAGUAUGUGUCCGCGAAGCUGGACCUCCAGAAGAAAACGGAAGUCAAAGAGCAGCUCACGGAGCACUUGUGCACCAUCAUCCAGCAAAACGAGCUUCGCAAGGCCAAUAAAUUAGAGGAGUUGAUGCAGCAGCUGGACGUGGAGGCAGACGAUGAGAAUCUGGAACUCGAGAUAGAGGUGGAGCGGAUGUUGCAGCAGCAGGAAGCGGAAGCGGCGAGGCAGAGGGCCGAGUCCCAGAAGCCAGCUCCGGUUGGCGAGGAAAAUGUAGCUUCCCCGGUUGCUGAUAAAGGACCUGAGAGUGAAGGCUGCAGAGAUUCAGAAACAUUAGCAGAGCAGCCCACUGCUUCCCAUUCGAAUGGCGAAGGCCAAGCGGUAAACUCUGCUCCAGGGGAAACGACGGCUCAGGAUGGCACAUGAACACUGAACCUAAUCAGCUAACCCCUGGCUGGCGCCAUUAUCCUAUUUAGCCAUAGGGUUUAGAGGCUUCUGCUCCAUGGUGCUACAAGAGCCCUCUGAAAUCUGGCUUUUGAUGGCAGCGCUAUCUCCAUUCAUCUUCUGGAUCGCCAGAAUCGCCAGCUCUCUCAUCUUCUCUCUGCCCACCUUCCCUGACUUGCUUUCGAUACGAUACGAUAUCUUUAUUGUCAUUGUCCCUUGCAGAACAAUGAAAUUGAAAAACUACAUAAAACUACAUAAAAACUACAUAAAACUAC